ACGAAGAGUCUCUCCUCUGCCACUUUCCCUGCCACCUUUCUUUCCUCCCUUGAACCGGACGCCGAGUGUAAGAGGCUAUCCAAGUAAAAGUUUGAGAACUUCCGUCCUUCAACCACAUCGCAAAGGGUUGGGUCAGUUCGAUAUGGGUACUAGGAUCGAAAUUCUAGAACAAGAAGCGGGUGAAGUGAGAACAGAGAUGGCAAGCUUGAAUGAGAAGCUCGGAGUGCUUGAAUUUAGGAUAAAUGCUGCUAGAGAUUUAAUAAUGCACAUGCUCGAAUCACUUCCUCGAAAACAAGAGAGAGAGAUAGGUAAGUCGCAUCUACAAGCGGAGAAAAUGGUGCCAAACUGUCCGGGGGCUUACCGCCUCGAGUUUCCUAUUUUUUCUGGUGAAGACGACCCAUAUGGCUGGAUUUUGAAGGCUGAGAGAUAUUUCAUGCUCUAUGGCAUUGAGGAUAGAGAGAAAGUGGCUUGCGCCACUCUGAACAUGGAGGGUAAGGCACUAAACUGGUUUCUAUGGGUGGAAGCUAGGAACCCUAUUCAGUGUUGGGAAAUGUUCAAACAGGAACUCAUGGAAAGAUUCCAGACCACUAAAGGCGACUUAGCUUAUGAACAGCUUCUAUCCUUAAGGCAAUUCACUACUGUAGCACAUUACAGAGAGCAAUUUGAGCUGCUCUCUGCAUCCCUUAGAGACAUUCCAGAUGAGAUGUUAAGAUGCAUGUUCGUCAAUGGGCUAAAUGAUGAUAUCAAAGCUGUAGUGAAAUCAAUUGGGUCAAGGGAUUUGAAUCGUGUGAUGUCGUUAGCUCAGGAAAUUGAAGAUAAAAACAAGAUUUCAGAGAUGAUGGAGGAGGUUAAACUGCCCAGAAGGAGUUAUGGGAAUCGCUCAAAAUCCAACUCAUUUGAUGAGAUGGCUCCUAGAUCUAUGGAUCCAAAUGAGAACUUACUUGGUGAGGAGGAAGGUGAAAUGUGCGACAAGGAGGAAAUAAAGAAAGAGGAGGAACAAGAAAGUGUGAUGGGAGAGAGUCAAAAAUUGCCAAUGAAUCAGACUGUGGCAACCAAACCACAUAGCUUCAAAUUUCUUGGGAAGAUUGGCUCUAGGGAGGUGAUUGUAUUGAUUGGCACAGCAGCUACUCACAAUUUUAUUUCAAAAGAAGUGGUUACUGCAUUAAAAAUACCAGUGGAGAGGACUGAAAGGUUUUGGGUAAACUUUGGGUUUGGUCCUGAAGCUGAAGGGUCAGAAGUAAGCAGGAGAGUUGUUCUCAGAGCACAAGGCAUAGAGAUUGAACAGAGUUUCUUUCCCACUAAGCUAGGAACUGCAGACGUGGUGUUGGGUGGUCAGUGGUUGAGAAGCCUUGGCUCAUAUGCAAUACAAGGAAGUCCAAUGACCAUGACUUUCAAGUGGGGCGGAAGAAAAGUAACAUUACAAGCAGAUCCAUCUCUCACUAAAGGAGCAGAGAUAGGGGUUAUAACUCUGCGAUGGAAUGAGAACUCUUGAGUAGAUUUUCCUAGAGUAUUCUGGCUUUCUUUAAUAGCUCUUUUUGGCUAAUAUGUUGCCAAGUGAGUGUUUCUAAUUCUUCGAUACUUAUAGCUCUUUUUGGUUGAAUGUUUCUGAGGGGUGUUUCUAUUUUGUUGCUACUUAUAGCUCUUCUUGGUUGAAUGUUGCUACUCUAGUGUUGGUUUGCUACUAUAUUGCUAAGGUUAAUUAUUACUGUAACUCCGUUUCUA